CUUCUCCUCCCUCCGGAUCCAGGGUUCCUGGGCGGUGGGCACCCGGGAGGUGGCCGGGUCUCGAAGAGGAGGCCGCCGCGUGUUCAUGGGACCCUGAGGGCCAGCCCGGCGGGGCAGCGCGUCCUCGGAGCAGGUUUGGGACCUGUCCGGGGGCCGCGUCGCUGGGACGCAGGUAGAGAUCAAAUCUGACUGGAGACAUUCAAGCAAGAGCUGGAUAACUACUUUUCCAGAACAUAACGGAAACACAUGCAUCAGAAAAGGUAACAAUAUACAUACCAAAAGAAUAUGGCUGCACAAAUACCAGAAUCUGAUCAGAUAAAACAGUUUAAGGAGUUUCUUGGAACAUAUAAUAAACUUACAGAAACAUGUUUUUUGGACUGUGUUAAAGACUUCACAACAAGAGAAGUAAAACCUGAAGAGACUACCUGUUCAGAACAUUGCUUACAAAAAUAUUUAAAAAUGACACAAAGAAUAUCCAUGAGAUUUCAGGAAUACCAUAUUCAGCAGAACGAAGCCUUGGCAGCCAAAGCAGGACUCCUUGGCCAGCCACGAUAGAGAAGUCCUGGUCAAUGGACUAUCAAUGAAAGAUUGCCAACAGCUAUGGCAUUGCAAAUGAGGAUUCACCUGACAGAAUCCCCUGAAAGCAGUAGCCACUAUGUUAAAACGUCUGUCAUGACUGUUUGGCACCUGGAUAACCACUGGAGAAACAAAAUUACCAUCUGCCAGGGAUAAUGAGAAGGUCUUAUAUGUUCAUUGAAAAUAAUAAGAUGCAACAUUUGUUGAGGCCUUACAACAAAUUCAGCAGCUUGGUUACUUGAUUCAAAAAAAUAAACCAUUGUUUCGUCAGUUGUGACUGUUAAUUUUAAAGCAAAAUAUGUGUUCAAUCAUGUAUAAGAUAGAAAAUUUUUUAUUACUAAAAGUAAAAUAAAUGGAAGCAUCACCAAGCAGUUGUUUAUACUAUAGUAUAGUAUUCUGACUGGACUCUGGGUACGUUGAAAUGUUUUUUCAAUCAGGAUCAUCCUCGUGUUCCUGUUCAUUCAUGUCUGCCUCAAAUUGCUGGUAAAUACAUAAAAUAGUUACUUGCUAGUCAUUCCAACCAAUGCACGAUCUUUUUCUUGCCUGCCUUGUUGUUAAGGGUGGGCAUUACACGUUGUUAUCUAUAUUUCCAUCUACCUUCAGGAAACAGCCAGUCUGAUACUAGCAUGGAAUGUUUAAGAGUUGACUGUUAAAGCUUCAGUGGUGUUGUUUUGUGUUUUCAAAAUCCAACAUGAAUAAUUCCAAGUCAGAACAACAAUAUACAUUGUAUUCUCAGCCACUACAUGUCAUUGGUGUAAUAAAAAGUGAACCAAAGUUAAAGUAAUAUCUAAAAUCCAAAAGAUUGGGUAAAUAAAAGUGGGGUUAAUAUCUA